UGUGCGUUUGACACUGCAAGCCUUUGCGGCUUCCUUCCUUUGGCACCGACCCCAACACGGCAACGCCGCCACCGCCACCGCCGCGAGGCCCGUACCUGCACCGCCCGGAAGGGCUGAACUGCAGCGUUCACCACGCCACUGGCGUCAGUUCCGUGAGAGGCGUAUCACGACAUGCCUUGCCGGCAAACCGCAUCGAGGCGUCGAACACCCACGCCGCCCAUCCCUACCGCCGGUGAUCCAAACCUCCAGCCGGACCCGGCCAUCCGACGCCAAUGGAUCCCCGCCUCCUCCGCUUCCACCUGCCUACCAACCUCGCACACCUCCUCAAAACCCGACCGCUCCAAGCCCUCCUCUCCGACGCCUCCACCUCCCGAGCCGCACGCCACCUGUUCGACGCAGUGCCCCGCCCGACAGCCGGCCUGUGCAGCGCUUUCCUCUCCGGCCUCUCAAAGCUCUCGCUGCACCGGGAGCUCAUCGAGGCCACCUCCUCGCUGCACUGCAGGGGCGCCUGCCUCCCACCGGGCUGCGUCCCGCUUGUCCUAAAGUCCUGCGCCCUCUCGUCAGCGUUGUGCCAGGGCAGGCAGGCGCAUUGCCACGCCCUUGUCCGUGGGAUGCUAGGGGAUGUGUUUGUGCAGACUGCACUGGUGGAUUUCUAUGCAAAGAACGGGGACAUGGUGUCAGCUGUGAGGGUUUUCGAGGAGAUGCCAGUGAAGGACCCAAUACCGAUCAAUUGCUUGAUCACUGGGUAUUCCAAGUCUGCUGAUGCGGAGAAGGCGAGAAGGCUGUUUGAUGGUAUGCCGAGGAGGACAUCCGCUUCGUGGAAUUCGAUGAUCGCCUGCUAUGCACACGGUGGAGAAUUCCAAGAAGCAUUGGCAUUGUUUGAUCGGAUGUUGAGCGAGGGUGCAAGUCCAAAUGCUAUCACUAUCACAACGGUGUUCUCCAUUUGCGCCAAAACUGGUGAUAUUGAUACUGGUAGGCGAGCAAGGGCGUUGAUCGGGGAGCGCGAUUUGCAGAACAUGAUAGUCCACACUGCUUUGAUGGAAAUGUACGUCAAGUGUCGGGCAAUUGACGAGGCCCGUCAGGAGUUUGAUCGAAUGCCACAAAGGGAUGUCGUGGCAUGGAGCACCAUGAUUGCUGGUUAUGCACAGAAUGGGAGGCCACACGAAUCUCUUGAGCUGUUUGAGAGGAUGAAGGCAACCAAUUGCAAGCCGAACGAAGUUACUCUUGUUGGUGUAUUGUCUGCAUGUGCACAGCUGGGUUCUGACGAACUAGGAGAACAGAUUGGGAAUUACGUCGAGAGUCAGAGAUUGCCACUUACCAGCUAUCUUGGAUCUUCUCUGAUUGAUAUGUACACCAAGUGCGGGCAUGUUGGCAGAGCUCGCAAUGUCUUCACCCGGAUGGAACAGAAGGUGGUCAUCACUUGGAACUCCAUGAUCAGAGGCCUAGCACUUAAUGGCUUUGCAGAAGAUGCGAUCACCUUGUACGAAAAGAUGCUAUCAGAUGAGGUACAGCCGAAUGAGAUCACCUUUGUUGCACUAUUGACUGCAUGCACCCAUGCUGGCUUGGUAGACAAAGGCAUGGCGUUCUUCGAAGAGAUGAAGAAGAAAUAUCAUGUCUCUCCUCAAGUUGAGCACUGCGCAUGCAUAGUGGACCUCCUCUGCAAGUCCGGAAGGCUGUGGGAAGCAUACAAGUUCAUCUGCGACAUGGAAGUUCAACCAAACGCGGUGAUCUGGAGCACGCUGCUCAGCGCCUGCAGAGCCCUCGCGGAUGUUGAGCUUGCCAAGCUCGCCGCGGGCAAGCUCCUGGCAAUAGAGCCCGACAACUCAUCAAUCUACGUCCUCCUGUCCAACAUCUAUGCGGACGCAGGGCUCUGGGGUGAUGUUAGGGAGAUCAGGGACCUGAUGAGGAACAAGAACGUUCAGAAGCUGUCCGCCUAUAGCUGGAUAGAGCUGGACGGUGAGGUGCACAAGUUCCUGGUGCAAGAUACGUAUCACCGGAGGUCAGCUGAGAUUUAUAACGUCGUCGACGGCCUGGGCUUGCAGCUGGACCGGACUAAUCCUGAUCCUGAAUUAAUUUCAGAGGCUUGCUGAUCAGUGAUCAAAUCACUAUCAAGUUUCAUGUCUUCGGAUAUUUACUAAGAAAACUAUAGGAAGGAAUGAAUAUAUGACUUGGUUAUUGGACCUUCAAUAAGUUUAGGCCCAGCCCAGUAAAGAACUUUUCUUAGCGCA